CAUAUCAGAACUGCAGAAUAACGAGUUCGGAUUAAUUAUAGGAAAUUACUAUGAGAUGAAUUAAAAGGCAAUGAAAAAUUCCUUUACAAAUUUGUAAGGUAAAUCUCUUUUGGAAAAUGGCUGCCGAAGACUCUGAUAAAAUAAAUCUGCCGGAGAAUAUAACUAUUGCAAAUGAAGACAUCACGGAAAUAGCCGAGACAUCAUUUAAAGAAAAAUCAGUGAAAUCCAAAAGAAAAACUCCCUACUAUGGCAAACUUGUUCGAGGUCUUUUAAAUCGUAAAAGACAACGCCGACUUCAUCGUCGACAGCUCAUAUAUAAAAAAUUCAUGAAUUCUGAUGAUUUCCGAUCAAAAAUGGACAACGAAAAACCAGAUUCAAAUGAUACUAAUUCGGAAAGUUUUAGUAUGCGGAGGAGUGCUUCGUACAGCGAGGCACUCAAUGAUAUCAGUUUUAAUGUUAGUGAACAAUCUUCCAGUGUCUUUCCUAAUCCGAAUGUUUCUUACGAACUGAAAAUAUCGUCGGAGAUGCGCGCAUCCGCUGCCACACUAAGACAAUCGACAGAUGAGUUGCUUCCCACAGACGAGACUAGAGAUUCAUGGGACAACAAAGUCCAGUAUUUACUAGCUGCAAUCGGUUUAGCUGUCGGUCUUGGUAAUGUCUGGAGGUUUCCUUAUCUAGCUCAAAAGAAUGGUGGAGGUGCUUUUCUACUUCCUUAUGUUAUAAUGUUGUUUGUAGAAGGUCUUCCGAUAUUCUUUUUGGAAGUCGCUCUCGGCCAACGCAUGCGAAGAGGCCCAGUCGGUACAUGGGAUCAGAUUUCUCCUUAUUUAACAGGUAUUGGUUAUUCGUGUAUAAUGGUAUCCUAUAUAGUUUGUAUUUACUACAAUACAAUCAUAUCCUGGUGCCUUUAUUACUUUGCACUCAGCUUCCGCUCGGAACUUUUAUGGGCAAAAUGUCCAAAUGAAACUGCAGCUUCAAAAGAAUGUAAUCUAGCAGGACCGAGUGCGUACUUUUGGUACAGAUCAACUUUAGAUGUCUCUUCAUCCAUUGAAGAAUCUGGGUCACUACAGUUACACUUAGAAUUGUGUCUGUUCUUCGCUUGGUUAAUAGUAUUUUUGUGCAUGAUUAAAGGCAUACAGUCUUCAGGAAAGGUUAUCUACUUUACUGCUACAUUUCCAUAUGUUGUUCUGAUAAUAUUUUUUUUCCGCGGAGUUACGCUGUCAAACUUUUAUGUCGGCCUUAAACACCUGUUUAUACCAAAAUUUGAAAAGUUAGCAAAUCCACAAGUAUGGCUUGAAGCGGCAACACAGAUUUUCUAUUCAUUAAGUCUUGGUUUUGGUGGUUUGAUGGCCAUGUCAUCAUAUAAUCCUCUCAGAAACAACUGCUAUAAAGACACAUUCAUUGUUGUUUUCGUUAACUGUGGAACAUCAGUAUUUGCCGGCAUUGUCAUUUUCUCUAUAUUAGGUUUUAAAGCUUACAAAAGUUUUGAAGACUGUCAAAGUAGACUCAUGGAAGUAACCAAGAACAUGACGAAGGAAGCUCCUUUCACUUGUGAUUUGGAUAAAGAAUUAGAAAAUACAGCUGGAGGACCAGGUUUGGCGUUUAUUGCUUUCACUGAAGCAAUAAACCAGUUUCCAGUUUCACCACUUUGGGCAAUCCUAUUCUUCUUGAUGUUGCUAGCCCUUGGGUUAGAUUCGAUGUUUGGCACUCUCGAGUGCAUUACUACAUUGGUCACAGAUUCUGGCAAAUAUCCUUUCCUUCGACAGAAUCGAUUUUUUAUACCAGCUGUUUUGUGCCUAACAUCAUUUUUGAUCUCACUCAGUUUUGCAGCCCAGUCGGGUAGUUAUACGUUUGUGCUCUUUGAUGAAUUCACCGGUGGAUUACCAUUGCUUUUUAUAGCAUUUGCUGAAGUUAUGUCUGUCUCAUAUAUUUAUGGCCUCAGCAAAUUUGCUGAUGACAUUCAUGUAAUGGUUGGAACACGUCCUAGUUACUUCUGGCUAAUAAUGUGGAAGUAUAUAUCCCCGCUUGUAAUGAUGAUCAUAUUAUUAGCUAGUUUAAUAAAAAUGAUAAUAACUGGCAUGACUUAUGAAGUUUGGGAUAAAGAUACGGCCACCAAAAUUAAAACAAAAUGGCCCGGAUGGUGUUUGUUCAUCGGUUCGUCAUUCGUUAUCCUUAUACUUAUUUGGAUUCCAUUAAUAUUUAUAAUAAAGAGGUUUAAUAUCAUUAAUUGGAAACCUGAUACAAAAGUGUCUUUCCCCAAAGAAGAACUGAGGGCAGAAAAGAAUUUGCAACCAUACGAGAUGAAAGACUGGGAGAAAAAAUAUCUUUUUAUAUUUGAAGAUCUUUAGAUAAAUACGACUUUUAAUAGAGUAUACACAUACACAUAUAUGUAUAUGAGUGUGUGCAUGAGUAUUUGUGUGUUGUGUGUGCGUAUGUAUAUAUGUAUAUAGAUAUGGGGUGGUGGUAAAUGUAUAUAUUUGUGUGAAACAGCUCGAUAGAGUUUAUAUUAUGCAUAUAUUACAUAUAUAUUUGGUCAAUAAGGGAGUUUUAUGUCGCUGCCUUCAUUUGCACCACCUGCAGCGAGAUGGGUUCAUCUGGGACUCUCGACAGAAAGAUAUACAGUUUUGUUUUGAAAACACCUACACUUGUGUCAGAAAUUAAUUAGCACUUCUCAAAUUUCUACAUUUUCUUACAUUUUCUUAAUUUAAU